AUGUUCGUGCUGUUCCGUCUAAGAUGGUCUAAUGCGCAAUCGCUCUUCGGAUGGAAUUGUCGAGUCGAAUUGGGAAACAGAUUCUCCGGUUUAUAUGUGUGUGUAUGGUGGGAAUGGGGAAGGAGGAAGAGCAAGGAUGGGAUUCUCGGCUGCAAGCAGCAGCUAUUGCGCGACCUUUCCCAACUACGGCGCAAGUCAUCCUUGGCCUUGCCUGACGUAGGGCUCCUUGGCUGGCUGGUUUCUCCACAUACGCGCCAUCCCCGGGGGUCUUCCAAGCUUGUAGGCCUCUCGGUCCACCGAUCUGUCCAGGUGCUCUUCCGUAAAUUUUCUCUCUCUCUCUCUCUUGCUGUCCACUAUGGCGGUGGAGAAUGUACCUACGUCUCAGACCGCGCUGGCGGGAGAAUAGGCGUUGGCGGAGAGUCAUGGGAGAGGGGAGGGGUGUACCUCGAAAACACCACGCACCCGCUGAAUAAGACCAGGCACGAACAGCGUUUCUUCCCACCCCCGGCUACUGGACCCCAACAGCCGCUCGCUUCGUGCCUCAUGGCAAACACGCGAGAGGGGAAGGUGCUGCUGCGUGUAAGUCUAAGUGUGAAACGCACAUUCGGUGUGACGGGAACCAAGAUGGAGAAGUGUACAUCAGAGAAAGGGUCGAACGGAAAGGCAUCGCGAUAUUGCGCUUCGGUGUGCAACCCAGGCGCCAGCGGUAGAGAAUUGAGAGGGGGUCUGCAGUGCUGCACUAUGCAAUCCUACCCCGGAUUUUUUUGCAUGCUCUUUGGCCAUGGGUUUACUUCGCACUACGGAUACUUGAGGUUGCAGGAACCACCUACCUACCCCGGCGUCCCCGUCCGCAUCGCCUGGUCCGGAGCGGUCGCGAAAAUAUGCCGAAGAGCGAAGGCGAAGAACCUAGGUAGGCCUGGGCGAGCUGUAGGUAUGAGAAAAGCUGGGGCAAAGGAAAUUUUCAAGCAAUUUGCGCUCCCCGUCAUUGUGCAUUCCCUGGGCUGUUCUUCCUCUUUGAGGCUCGGUGGCUUGUCUGUGAGACAUGGUCUCGCUUCUAGGAACAAGACUUCUGACUUGCUUUGCAUCUUCGCCCCCUCGGCCCUUCGCCUCGAGCUGGCGGGCUUCGGUAAUUUCUACACCCAAGCUUUCCAUUUUUUUUUUUUUUGCUCCGGAGUCCGAACAAGGUCCAAAUUGGCUUUCCGAGCUAGCGGGAGCGGCGACACCGAAAACUCGGUGUUGUAUUCUGCACGGGAUACAGAGGUACGAAAACUCCGUACACAGUUCGGCCCAGAAGUAAAAGUCUGCCCAAGUCUUCUGCCCGGCCCGUUUGGUCGGUCUGCGGCCUGCCCCGGCCAUGCUGCCCCAGGCCCCGGCACCCGGCGAUCUGCAUUCCUGGAAAAUUUUCCGAAGGCAUGGUCGUCAUUGGGCGAGGUGGUCGUGAAGAGCGGUGCUUGGGCAUGGCUUCUGAGCAGGUCCUUUGUGAUUAUGAGCACUGGGCUUGACGGGCAGCUUGGGACAGAAAUGAAUGGGAGCUUGGAUUAUGUCAGCCAAGGCACCUCAUCAUCCCUCGUGCUUACCUAA